AUGUCCUCGGCAGCUACAACUAACCGUGUGAGUGAUAUGUGGAACAAUUAUGUAAAUACCAGUGAUCCUAAUUCAAAACAAUCAAAAGUGUAUAAUUAUAAACAAUAUCCAACGAUGGCAAAUAAUUACUAUAAUUACCAAAAUUAUUAUCCACAUAAUGGGUGUUACGGUAAUGUGUUAAGUGCUAAUUGUAGUGAGAAGCUUUGCGGGACUCCUACAGAAGGUAUAGUAAAAUCAGAACCGAAUUGGCACGGAUAUUCGGCUAAUCUACAAACUGGAAGCAACGGUAUGGACGCAAUAAAAAAAUGGCAAGAAAUGAAUCAGUAUACACAACAGCAAUAUGGUAACUACAAUUAUAAUCAAACAAACAUGCUUUGCAAUACUAGUGUAGUUGAAAAGGUUACUGAUGUGCGGUCAAUGAACUCACCAGGACAAUGCAGUAUUUCAGAAAACUACGGCUCUCCGCAAAGCGUAACCAGUGAUUUUAAAUCUAUAAGCCCCCUAGGAGAUGAUUCUCCUCAUUUGCGAGCUCUAUUGACAAAGCCGAAAACAAAAAGUCAAAAUCAACCAUAUUUUCCGGCAUGCGAUAAUUCCUCUACACGUGAAAUUUCGCAGCAAGUUCCAUACGUUGAAAAUAAUAAUUGGGAAAAAAAUAAUGAAACAACAUCUGGGAAGGAAUGCAAUUUGUCGCAAUUUCAUGGUGGAUUCCAAAAAGUUGACGAUCAAACGUCAAUCAAGAAAGAUGCCGUGGGUGGAGCGCCUUCGCCGAACGAAGUCGCACAGUCAUCGAUGGGUGCCGCGGAGCCUUGUCAGGAUACUAUGACGAGGGUCCAAGCAGGCGGGGAUAAUGCGGAUUAUACUGAGAACAAAAUGGCCGCUGCUCCCGAAGUGCAAGCAUAUUAUCCUUGGAUGAAAGGAGUCAGUGGGGAUACUAAAAAGGAAGGUUCAAAAAGAACAAGACAGACUUACACCAGAUUUCAAACACUAGAGUUGGAAAAAGAGUUUCACUUCAAUAAAUACUUAUCUAGACGACGAAGGAUCGAAGUGUCACAUGCAUUAGGAUUGACAGAACGUCAAAUCAAGAUUUGGUUCCAGAAUCGGAGAAUGAAAGCGAAGAAAGACGGAAAACUUACCACUUCGCCGGAACCCUUCGCUUUAGAUGAUAUCGGUGCUACGAAGUUAGGUAACAAUGUAUCUGAAUACAUAGAUCCGCGGCAACAAAUUGGUUUGCCAGAAUAUCCCAAUUAUCAUGCCGGUUCGGUGCAACCAAAUAUAGGUCACAUACCGGAAAAUAUGUCACAUUGCAUGAUGCCGCCAUAUGGCGGAAUGCUACCGAAGAUGUGA